AACGACUAAAUGUUUUUAAAAUGGACAAACGGAUAAAGCCAUCUGAGUCGAAAUCGAUUUAACGAUGACUUUUACUACCCUCUCCUAUAAACCUUUUUGUGGUUUCUUAGUUUGUAGCAGUGCACUUAGCAGUGCAACCAUGAAGACGCUUAAACCUCACUGCCACUGCACUCUUUCUCCCCCAUUUCUCUCUUCCCGAAUUUUCUCUAAACCUAAUCCUAAUUUCUCGAAUUAUUCCCUUAAUUUUAGGGUUUUCAAUCUUAAUCAUGUUUCCUGUUCUUCUAAGGUUUCAUCCCUUUCAACUCAACCUUCUUCAUCGUCUUCUCUUACGGUUUAUGAAGCGGGAUCCUCUGGUUUUCGUGGACUUUCCUGGAACUCUGAGGUAAUGGAGGAAGUUCUAGAAAAGGUUGUUUAUCGGUGUCGGUUCGUGACUUUUCUUGGAGUCUUUGGUUCCUUGUUUGGUUCUCUUCUUUGCUUCGUCAAGGGCUGUGCUAUUGUUGCAGAAUCUUUCUCUGAACACUUUGCCAAGAGUGGGAAUGUGAUAUCUUUGCUGAUUGAGGCCAUGGAGGUUUAUCUACUGGGAACAGUGAUGCUGGUCUUCGGAAUGGGUCUCUAUGAGCUUUUUGUGUCCAACCUUGACAUUGCAAAGUCACUGUCUGAUGCUAAAGAUCCACAUCGAUCAAAUUUUUUUGGCUUGUUUGCUAUGAUGGAACGACCAAGAUGGCUGGAAAUUAAAACAGUAAAUGAGUUGAAAACAAAGGUUGGACAUGUCAUUGUGAUGCUGCUUCUGAUAGGGUUGUUCGACAACUGUAAGAAAGCAGCUAUUAGUACGCCUUCAGAUUUGCUUUGCUUCUCAGCGUCUGUUCUUCUAUGCUCUGGUUGCCUUUAUUUGCUCUCUAAGCUUAAUGGCUCACACUAGAUGCUUUCGGCACAUUUGCAACGGAUUCUGAAAAUCCAUCAUAGUGUGUGCUCUUAGAUACUAUCUAGAGAAAAUGAACCACAAGCUGGCAUGUCAUUCCAUCUGUAUGUAAUGGUUGGAAAGCUGGGAUAACAGCUUACGUUAUUACGGAAAAGUCUUGGGAAGAAGAGGAGGGAGAUUAGUAAGUAUUUGAAGGCCACACAAGUUAAAAUGAUGUAAUUAUGUAAUAUUGUUUCUCCUUCUAGUCGUAUACAUAUAAAUAGCAUAAUAUUGUAUAUGUAUGUUACAACAGCCAUGCGGUAUGUAUGUAAACAUUCUGACUUCGUUUUAGAUAGGUAUGUGUGUAUAUUUGUAUGUAUUCUACCUUUGUAUAGAUGUAUAUUCAUGUGAGCAUUCUGGCUUCGUUCUUUAUGGGAAUGUAUGAAUGUAUGUCUUUGAAUAGAUGUAUAUAUGGCAAUGUUUUCUGGCUUCGUUUA